GCGUUUGUGGCUGAAAUUUACGUUCACUUUGGCACAAGCAACACUCACGCGCACGGUCGUCUCAACCUCCAACCGCUCUGUCAUGAACCACCUACGUCAAGUAUUGCUUUCCUCAAGACGACCGGUUCGUCCGACUUCACUAGCACUCCUCCGCUGUCGCCGAACAUUCUCCUUCACAUCGCGACUACAAGCCUCUGAAAACGAAGACGCCUUCCUUUCACAAUUCAAGAACACUUCAAUAUUUGGGAAACUUGCGGAUAAACCAGAGGCUUUGAUGGCACUCCGAGAUUUUGCGGAACUCAUGAGAGCUCAAGGGAUUGAUGCAAACGCCCCACCUUCGACAUUGCAGAUGAUGAGAUUGGCCGCGAACUCGGAGUUUAGGGAAGCAGCACAGAAAGUUGUCACUGAGUUGCAAAAUGCGGGUGUGGAUCUAACUUCGCAGGAUACUAUACAGGAGCUUAUGGGCCUGUCUAAGAAGGUUGGAGGUAAUUGAAAUGGGUUACUGUAGUGUAAAAUAGGUACCUAGUAGUACCUCCUAGUCUCUGAUAUAAGCGAACUCGCCGGUUG